UCUGGAAGGAAGUGUGGCUGGCCGGUAAGGGGCGGAGCCUCUCCGGGCUGGAUGGAGAGUGCAGAGGAUGCGAGAGGCCGAGGCCGGGGCGGCCUGCCCAGGUUCUUACUUCCCCUUAGGACCAAGAGCCAAGCAGUGCGGGUGCAGGAAAAGGACUUAAGGCAGUGGGGCCUUACAGGGAUUCACCUACGCUCUUAUCAACUGGAGGGAGUCAACUGGCUAGCCCAUUGCUUCCACUGUCAGAAUGGCUGCAUCCUGGGAGAUGAGAUGGGCCUGGGUAAGACCUGUCAGACUAUUGCUCUCUUCAUUUACUUAGCAGGAAGAUUAAAUGAUGAAGGACCAUUUCUGAUUCUUUGUCCCUUGUCUGUUCUGAGCAACUGGAAAGAAGAGAUAGAGAGAUUUGCUCCAGGUCUUUCCUGUAUAACAUACACAGGUGACAAAGAGGAGAGAGCCCACCUACAGCAAGACCUAAAACAGAAGCCACAUUUUCAUGUGUUGCUAACUACCUAUGAGAUUUGUUUGAAAGAUACAUCAUUCCUAAAAUCUUUCCAUUGGAGUAUUCUUGUUGUGGAUGAAGCUCACAGGUUGAAAAACCAAACCUCCUUGCUGCAUAAGACACUUUCAGAGUUCUCAGUAGUUUUCAAUCUCCUGCUGACCGGAACUCCCAUCCAGAACAGCCUCCAAGAGCUCUACUCCCUUCUCAGUUUUGUGGAGCCCGAUGUCUUUUCCAAGGAGCAGGUAGAAGACUUUGUUCAGCGUUACCAGGAUAUUGAGCAAGAGUCUGAGUCAGCAAGUGAACUACAUAAACUUUUGCAGCCAUUUCUGCUGAGGCGAGUGAAAGCUGAUGUAGCUACUGAGCUUCCUAAGAAGACAGAAGUAGUGAUAUACCAUGGCAUGUCAGCAUUGCAGAAAAAAUACUACAAGGCCAUUUUGAUGAAAGAUCUAGAUGCAUUUGAAAAUGAGAUGGCAAAGAAAGUUAAACUUCAGAAUGUCUUGUCCCAGCUUCGAAAGUGUGUGGAUCACCCAUAUUUAUUUGAUGGUGUGGAACCAGAGCCUUUUGAAAUUGGAGAACACCUGAUUGAGGCCAGUGGGAAACUUCAUCUGCUGGAUAAGCUGUUGGCAUACCUGUAUUCCAGGGGCCAUCGAGUUUUACUUUUCUCCCAAAUGACCCAGAUGUUGGACAUUCUCCAAGACUACAUGGAUUAUAGAGGUUACAGCUACGAGCGUGUGGAUGGUUCUGUGAGAGGAGAAGAGAGAUACCUGGCCAUUAAGAACUUUGGUCAGCAGCCCGUUUUUAUAUUUCUUCUGAGUACCAGAGCAGGUGGAGUUGGCAUGAACUUAACGGCAGCCGAUACUGUUAUUUUUGUUGACAGUGAUUUCAACCCUCAGAAUGACUUGCAAGCAGCUUCCAGGGCUCACCGAAUUGGCCAGAACAAGUCUGUUAAAGUUAUUCGGCUGAUUGGCAGAGACACUGUGGAAGAAAUAAUCUGUCGGAAGGCCACCUCCAAGCUGCAGCUUACCAGCACAGUCAUAGAGGGCGGCCAUUUUACUCUGGGAGCCCAGAAACCUGCAGCUGAUGCUAAUCUCCAGUUGGGGGAGAUACUCAAAUUCGGUUUGGAUAAACUGUUGUCCUCUGAGGGGAGCUCCAUAGAUGAAAUAGACCUGGAGUCUAUACUGGGAGAAACCAAAGAUGGCCAGUGGAUCUCUGGUGCCUUGCCUCUAGCAGAAGAAGGAAGCAGAGAGCAAGAGGAAGGAAAAAAUCAUAUGUACUUAUUUGAAGGGAAAGACUAUUCUAGGGAGCCCAGUAAAGAAGACAGAAAAUCAUUUGAGCAAUUGGUGAAUCUUCAGAAAACCCUUUUGGAGAAAACUAGUCAAGAGGGCCGGUUACUCCGAAAUAAAGGCAGUGUUCUCAUCCCAGGCCUUGUGGAAAGGUCUACCAAGAGGAAGCGGAUUCUAAGUCCAGAAGAGCUGGAGGACAGAAGGCAGAAAAGACAAGAAGCAGCAGCCAAGAGAAAGGGACUAAUAGAGGAGAAGAAGAGGAUAAAGGAAAAAGUGGAACAUAAGAAAAAAAUGGCCUGGUGGGAGUCCAACAAUUACCAGUCCUUCUGCCUGCCUUCGGAGGAAAGUGAAUCAGAAGACCUAGAGGAUGGGGAAGAUGAGAGCUCAGCUCAACUAGAUUACGAAAAUUCAGAUUCAAACUCCAUCAAGUAUGUCAUUGGUGAUGUCACCCACCCACAGGCCGGGGUGGAGGAUGCUGUGAUCGUGCAGUGCGUAGAUGACUCUGGCCACUGGGGCAGAGGUGGCUUAUUCACAGCUCUGGAAAAACGAUCCACUGAGCCAAGAAAAAUAUAUGAGCUGGCUGGGAAAAUGAAAGACUUGAGUUUGGGAAGUGUCCUUUUAUUUCCUAUUGAUGAUAAAGAGUCAAGAAGCAAAGGUCAAGAUUUGUUGGCCUUGAUUGUGGCUCAGCACCGUGAUCGCUCCAAUGUCCUGUCUGGCAUCAAGGUGGCAGCCCUAGAAGAGGGUCUGAAGAAGAUAUUUUCAGCAGCAAAGAAAAAGAAAGCAAGUGUCCAUCUUCCACGCAUUGGACAUGCCACAAAAGGUUUUAACUGGUAUGGUACUGAGCGACUUAUACGGAAAUACUUGGCUGCAAAAGGCAUCCCAACUUACAUAUAUUACUUUCCUAGAAACAAGUCUACCAUCCCUCAUUCACAGUCCUCAUCUUCCUCCUCAGGACAGCUGGUGCCUUAAUAGCUAGUCCACCCAGCGUCACAUCCAGACUUCAGCAACCAGACAAGAUUUUUGCCAGAACUACUAAUAGAGUAUUUCAAAAAGGAAUUGGGAUCUGGUGGGCCUCUGAGUUACUCCUUUCUCUGAAUUCUAAUUUGUUCUCUUGGAUGUGUUACUCUGAUUUGGUACCUGUAGUACAGACAUGCACAGCUUAGUUGGGAAUGUUCUUUGUCACCCUCUUCAGGCCCCAGUUUGCAUAGCUAUUUGAAUUAUAAUAAAUUUUCUAUCUUUA